AUGGCUCUGUCUGGUAAUUUGACCAUUUUUGUGGUUAUAUUGUUCAGCCCCAACCUCCACACUCCCAUGUAUUUCUUCUUGUCUAAUUUAUCCAUCCUGGACAUUACUCUCACAUCCAGCAUUAUGCCCAAGCUCUUAGACAUCUGCUUAACUGAAAAUCACUCUAUCACCUAUAUUGGGUGCUUCACCCAAGUAGUUUUCUUUGUGAUAUGUGUUGUGGCUGAGUAUUUUCUCCUUGCGGUCAUGGCCUAUGACAGAUAUGCAGCCAUCUGCUGUCCACUACGGUAUGUUGCCAUCUGCCACCCAUUACGUUACUCAACAUUUAUGAACUUUUAUCUCUGUGCUUGUUUGGCUUUGGUUUCUUGGCUCUGUGGCCUUCUAGACUCCUCCACCUAUUUGUCAUUGUUGAGUCAGUAUACAUUCUGUAAAUCUAAUGUCAUUAAUCACUUAUUCUGUGACUUGAAGCCACUUCUAAAGCUUUCCUGUAGUAACACUCAGAGCAUUGAGUCAGCUAUUCAGGUCUCUGGAGCUCUCUUUGGUUUCACGCCUCUAGUGUUCAUUAUAAUUUCUUAUGUCUUCAUUAUCUCAGCCAUCUUAAAGAUUCGUUCCACCAAAGGAAAACAGAAGGCUUUUUCUACAUGUUCCUCUCACAUGUUACAGUGGUCGUCCUGUUUUUUGGAAUCAUCCUCGGGAUGUAUAUGA